ACAACCAGCGCGGAUACAGGACAGUGAUAACACGAGAUCCCCAGGGGUAGAUGAUAACGUUACAACGAACAGGCAGACAGAAUGGAGCGUUGGGUUGGUCGGGUAGCGUUGGUGACCGGUGCUUCGGCUGGGAUGGGGGCAGCAAUUACAAGAGCUCUUGUUAAGCAUGGAAUGAAAGUAGUUGGCUGUGCGAGAAACGUCCAACAAAUCGAGGAUAUAAAAAAAGAGUUGAAAUCAGAAAAAGGAAAGCUUAUUCCAGUGAAAUGUGAUCUUACAAAAGAGGAGGAGAUUCUUUCGAUGUUUGGGCGGAUCCAAAAGGAAUUAGGGGGUGUGGAUGUUUGCAUUAACAACGCUGGAUUGGCACAUAUCUCGCCUCUUCUGUCAGGUAGUACUGCGGACUGGCGGAAUAUGCUAGAUGUGAAUGUUUUGGCUCUUUGUAUUUGUACCAGAGAAGCUUUUCAGCAAAUGCAGAAAAAUAAAGUAGACGAUGGUCAUAUUUUUCUGAUCAAUAGCAUGACUGGACAUCGUGUGGUUCGAAAUCCCGGCGGACAUUUUUAUUCGGCCACAAAAUAUGCAGUGUCCGCACUAUUAGAAGGAAUAAGAAACGAACUCACGCAACUGGAAACCCACAUACGUGUUACGUCUGUGAGUCCCGGUUUAGUAGCCACGGAAUUUCAGCAAAGAAUGCACAAAAGCGAGGAGAAGGGAAAGGCUAUUAAUAACCACAUAAAGUGUUUGGAGGCGGAUGACAUAGCGGACGCAGUUUUAUAUGCACUGAGUGCACCACCACACGUACAAAUUCACGAUAUCUUGCUGCGACCCACGGAACAGAAGUCCUAACCGUGAGGCAGGAUUCUGGACACCAAUACUUCAAAAUUCUACAGUGAAGUUUGACUGAUGCAUUUCUUUUGUUCAUGCAGUUCUAUAUCAGCGUGCUCUAGAUCUGCUGGUUGUGUAGUUAAAGCCAUAUGUUUAUUAUCUGUGAUUGUAUUACGCUAGAUGAAGUUACUUGUAGACCCAAAAAAGUAAAAUGGAAAAAUUGCUGGAUCUUAAUGAAAUAAAAAAAAAAGAUAUUUCCAUGAUC